AGGGAGACGGGGAGGGAGGGAGGUCCGCUCAUGCCUUUGAACGGCGCCGUCUGUUUCGACCAUUCCGCACAAGGAAAGUGGACCAGUUCGCCACGCUGGCCCUUUAUGCUUCCACUUUUCCGUUCUUCAUCUGAGCUCUUUACCUACAGGAACUCAUCUUCUCCUUCUUCUUCUCCCUCAGUGGUGGCUGGAACUGGCCUGCAAGCAAAAAAAUAUGGGAAGUUAUGUAGUUGCAUGGGAGUCAGCAGAAAUAUGCUUUAUGUGUGGAUUGCUUCAAACCCAGACCAGCACACAAAGUAAGUACGAACAAUUUGGUUUUGUCUUGACUAGAGUGGUACAAGUUCAAUUGGAAACUUUCUUUGGAGGACUGCUUAGGAUCCAGGAAUGUUCACAUUUAGGAUGACUGUGGAUUACAUCGAGUUUGGAGAUUACACCGCCGACAACGAAAGCGAACAAAAUGUCAGCCUCUUUGGCACGGUGAAUGUUGGCGGCAACCAAGCGUCUUUGACUCCUUUCCUGGUGGCCGUCAACGUCUUGGUCUGCGUGGUGGGCCUGGCCGGGAACUCCCUGGUGAUCUGGAUCUGCGGCUGGAAGAUGAAAAGAACAGUCAUCACCACUUGGUACCUGAGCCUGGCCGUCUCCGACUUGUUGUUCUGCGCCCUCCUGCCCUUGGAGGCGGCCUACACGCUCACCUCGCACUGGCCUUUCGGACUAGCGCUGUGCAAGCUGGCGUCCUCGGCGCUCUUCUUCAACAUGUUCAGCAGCGUCUUCCUUUUAGUUGUGAUCAGCGCCGACCGAUGCGUGCUGACCUGCUUCCCGGUGUGGUCGCGGAACCGCCGCACGGUCCGCGGGGCCUCGGCGGCCGUGGCGCUCACGUGGGUGCUCUCGGCGCUCCUCACCCUGCCCUCGCUGGCUGUCCGGCAAACGGCGCUCCAAGGAGACGUGGUCCGAUGCUACGUGCGCUACACGGCGCCGUCCAGGCACAAGGCGGUGGCGUUGAGCCGCUUCCUGUGCGGCUUCCUGGUGCCUUUCCUGGCCAUCGUGUGCUGCAGCGCCGUGCUGGCGGCCAAGCUGCGAGGGAUGAGCAUCAGAUCCAGCAAGCCUUACAAAAUCAUGGCGGCCCUCAUCUGCUGCUUCUUUGUGUGCUGGGUUCCCUACCACACUUUUGUUCUCCUGGAGUUGGACGUGAAGAAAGUCAGCCUGGAGAGUCUUCAUACCGGCAUGCGAGUGGGCACCACUCUGGCUGCGGCAAACAGUUUUCUAUCACCCGUUCUUUAUAUUUUCAUCGGUAACGACUUCAACCGAAUGUUAAGACGCUCGCUGACGGAAAGGUUGGAGUCAGUGAUGGAUGUCCGGACUGGACCUUCUCAGUCAGUGCAAAACAUGCCAAAUGUUUGAGUCCAUAUGGAUGCUGUUGGUGUGGCUCUGAUGCUCGACAUGAGUCAUUCGCUCAACAUGAGAUGCUUAACACCGUUCUCUGGUGAACUUUUCGAAACGGAGUGUCAUGACUACUUCACUUUGUCUUUUGUUCCAUUUCAUUUUCAUUUCCUCUUCAAGCCUUUCGUUUAUGAGUGUACACAUUCCCCAACGCUAACCUUACUCUUUUUCUUUUUUGGGGGGGCAAGUGAACGUGCACACAAAAUGUGACCUCUGCAUUUCAUGUUUCUCAGCUACAUUUCCGGAAUAAAGCGACGCUACAGUC